AUGCAGCCCGGGCUUUGGCUGGUGACAAGCACCCUGGCAGCAGUGCUGGGCAUGGCCCUGCCUGAGGACGGCAUGUGUCGGGCACCGGAUGGCAAGGACGGCUUCCCGGGCAUCCCUGGCCUUGACGGGAGGCCAGGGCAGAAGGGUGACGUGGGAGAGCCAGGGAAAUCUGCACAGAGGAUCGGCAUCAAGGGACUCAAAGGGGAUGCAGGUGAUCCAGGGCCUCCUGGCGUCCCGGGUAACCGGGGCUACCACGGCUUGCCUGGUUUCCCCGGGCCCCCAGGGCAGUUGGGGCCGAAGGGAUACAAGGGGGUGGCUGGCAAUAUCCUGGAGCAGCCACGUCCUGCCUUCUCCGCCUCGCGGAGUUCCCCACCGUCCAUGGGCAGGACGGUGGUGUUUGACAACAUCAUCAUCAACCAGGAGACCUCCUACAAUCCCCAGACCGGGGAGUUCACCUGCCGUGUUCCUGGGCUCUACUACUUCGCCUACCAGGUGGUCUCCAGCGGGGACCUCUGCCUGAGCAUCACCAAGAACAGGGAGCACGUGGUCACCUUCUGCGACAACAACAGCCGCGAGAUCCUGCAGGUGAACUCGGGCAGCAGCGUGCUCAGCCUGGCCGUGGGCGACCGGGUCUCUGUGAGCACGGACCCUGCCAAGGGCAGCGCCAUUUACAGCGGCUCCGAGGCAGACAGCGUCUUCAGCGGCUUCAUGCUGUUCCCGGAGGCGGGCUGA